AUGUUCUCUGCUCACUUCAACCAGGGCCCUGCCUAUAGGUUGUCUGUUGAGGCCAAGAACAAGCUGGCCCAGAAGUAUGACCACCAGUGUGAGCAGGAGAUUCGAGAGUGCAUCGAGGAGGUGACAGGGCACUGCAUCAGCAACAACUUGAUGGACAGCCUCAAAGAUGGCAUCAUUCUUUGCAAAUGCAUCAGUAAGCUCCAACCAGGCCCCAUGAAGAAGGUCAGUGAGUCCACCCAAAAUGGGCAUCAGCUGGAAAACAUCGGCAACUAAGGCAUCACCAAGUAUAGGGUGAAGCCCCAUGACAUUUUUGAGGCCAGUGACCUGUUUGAGAACACCAGCCACACCCAAGUGCAGUUCAUCCUGACAGCCCUGGCUAGCAUGGCCAAGAUGAAAGGGAAUAAGCUCUCAGUGUCAUUCGAGGAUGUGACUGUGGACUUCAGCAGAGAGGAGUGGCAGCAACUGGACUCUACUCAGAGACGCCUGUACCAGGAUGUGAUGCUGGAGAACUACAGCCACCUGCUCUCAGUGGGGUAUGAAGUUCCCAAACCAGAAGUCAUCUUCAAGUUGGAACAAGGAGAGGAGCCGUGGAUUUUGGAGAGGAAAACCCCACAUCAGAGCUGUUCCGAUGGGAGGUUUGGGAUUAAGACCCCACAAAAAAGAAUUUCUGGAAAAGCUUCAUUUCAUAAUGAAAUGGACGGUGAAGAUACAAGAGACGAUUCAUUGUAUUCCAUUUUAGAAGAACUGUGGCAAGAUUCUGAACAGAUAGAAAGAUAUCAGGAAAAACAGAGUAAACCUCUGAGUCAUUCUGCUUUCAUCAAUAAGAAAGUAUUGAAUACAGAGUGGGAUUUUGAAAAUAAGGACCAUGGAAAAUUUAUUCAUCCAAGCCCAAAUCGUAUUCCUUCACAGAAAAGACCCCAGAAAUGUGACUCAUUUGGAAAGAGUUUUAGGCAUAAUUUAGACUUACAUAUUCCUAGUAAAAACAAUGCAACAAAGAACUUUGAUAAAAAUAUGGGGCAUGGUCACGUUUUCACACAGGGCUCUUCUUAUACUAACCAUGAAAAUACUCGUACAGGAGUACAAUUCUGUGAAAGUGAUCAGUGUGGAAAAGUCCUCAGUCUCAAACAAGCAUUCAGUCACAAUCUGAAAUUUCCUGUUGGGGAGAAGGCAAAUAUGUGUACUGAUUUUGGGAAGAUCUUCACCCAGAAGUCACACCUCUUUGCACCUCAGAGAAUCCAUACUAUGGAAAAACCUCAUGAACUUAGCAAAUGUGUAAAUGUGUUUACACAGAAGCCACUACUCAGUAUAUAUCUGAGAGUUCAUAGAGAUGAAAAACUAUAUAUAUGUCCUGAAUGUGGGAAGGCUUUCAUCCAGAAUUCAGAAUUAAUCAUGCAUAAGAAAACUCAUACUAGAGAAAAACCCUAUAAAUGCAAUGAAUGUGGAAAAUCAUUUUUCCAGGUGUCCUCUCUACUUAGACAUCAGACAACUCACACUGGAGAAAAACUCUAUGAAUGCAGUGAAUGUGGGAAAGGCUUCUCCCUGAACUCAGCCCUCAAUGUACAUCAGAAAAUUCACACUGGAGAGAGACACCACAAAUGUGGUGAGUGUGGGAAAGCCUUUACCCAAAAAUCAACGCUCAGGAUGCAUCAGAGAAUUCAUACAGGAGAGAGAUCUUACAUAUGUACUGAAUGUGGGCAGGCCUUCAUCCAAAAAGCACACUUGAUUGCCCAUCAAAGAAUUCAUACUGGAGAGAAGCCUUAUGAAUGCAGUGACUGUGGGAAAUCUUUCCCUUCUAAGUCACAACUCCAGAUGCAUAAGCGAAUUCACACAGGAGAAAAACCCUAUAUAUGCACUGAAUGUGGGAAGGCCUUUACCAACAGGUCAAAUCUCAAUACUCACCAGAAAUCUCAUACUGGAGAAAAGUCUUACAUAUGUGCCGAAUGUGGAAAGGCCUUCACUGACAGGUCAAAUUUCAAUAAACACCAAACAAUUCAUACUGGAGAGAAACCCUAUGUUUGUGGUGAUUGUGGGAGGGCCUUCAUCCAGAAGUCAGAGUUAAUUACACAUCAGAGAAUUCAUACUACAGAGAAGCCUUAUAAAUGUCCUGAGUGUGAGAAAUCUUUCUCCAAGAAACCACAUCUCAAAGUACAUCAGCGAAUUCACACAGGAGAGAAACCAUACAUGUGUGCAGAAUGUGGGAAGGCGUUCACUGACAGGUCAAAUUUCAAUAAACACCAGACAAUCCAUACUGGAGAUAAACCCUAUAAAUGCAGUGACUGUGGAAAGGGCUUCACUCAGAAAUCAGUUCUGAGUAUGCAUCGCAAUAUCCAUGCAUGAAAGUACCCGUUUCUUAAAAAUGAGAAAGCCUUAUCCCAGAAGUCAGGUCUUAGUGUAUAUUAUAAAGUCCAUCCAAGACAGAUCCUAUAUGAAUACACUGCAUGAUAAAAAGCAUUCAUCAGGCUCUCUUACCUGACAUGAGAAAAAUUAUUCAAAAGAGAUCCUCUCAAAAUGCACAGAAUAAAAGGGACUUUUCAUAUUUACAUGCCUCACAAAAGAUAAUAGAACUCAUACUGGAAAAAAUGCUGUCAGUUUGAUGCAUUAGGAAAACCUUUCCUGUAGAAAGUAUUAUAAGGCAAAUUGUUAUCAAAUUCUUUAUAAAUGGAGUGAGCAAAAGUAUAUAAAUGACAGUCCUGUGUACUGUGUUAUAUUAAGCAAUUUAAAGUGGCAACAAAAUGAAAGAACAGAAGAAUGUAUUUGAUGUGUAGACCAACUCUCAGUUCUGUAGGGUGUUUGUGGCAGAAGACAUUGCACCACAGGAGGGAUAAUUGAAUUGAAAUUAUUGUUUUGAAUUUAAUAUAAUUGUGUCUGUCAAAUAUCUUUCCACAGUUUUAAAGCCAUUAUGGUUUCAUAUAUACACACACAUCUACAAAUACAAUCUUACUUUAAUACAUAACUCUAAUCCUAUUAUUCAUACUGGUUUCCACAACAUUGUUUAUCUUUUUUUCAUUGUGCUACAAUGCAAAAGAGCCACAGACCUCUCCCAACCUUUUAUGCAUACCCCUUUGAAAUGUUACUUUUUUUUCUUUUAUUAAGAGGUAGAGCUCUCUCUAUUCCUUGACCCUGAGCUUGGCCAUGUGAUUUGCUUUGGCCAAUGUACAUUAGCAAAGAGAUUCAAGAAGCUGGAGAGAAGUGUGUCUUGAGGCUUGUCUUCCCUUGCUGCUCUUUCUGAGAUCUUCAUGUGAAGAAACUCAAGAGUGCUCUGCUGGAGGAUGAGAAACCACAUGUAAAAGAGAUAAGCCAGCACAGAUGAGGCCUCUUAGAUCAACUUCCAGACAUGAGAGUGAGACCGUCCUCAACCUCCAGCCCCAACCAAACUGGCCCACACCAAAAGAGCCAUACCAGUUACCCCAGCCAACCUGGAGAAUCAUGACUUAAAUAAAAUGAUAAUUGUUUUAAGCUACUGCUUUGGGUAGUUUGUUGCACAGAAAAUGCUAAGUAAUACCUAAAAGUGUAUACUUGUGUGUGUGGGGGGGUAUUAUACAAAACAUAAGACAUGUGGCAUUAGCUUUGGGCCUGGGUGGCAGAUGGAAACUGGAAACAAUGAGGAAAACUGUUAAGAAAGGCUGGAAAAGAUGGCAGCUCAUGUUUUUUACUAAGGAAAGAAUAGCAAAAUAGUCACCAUGCUCUGUGAGAAGAUAGAGAAUAUACCAAAUGAACUUGUGGAUCUGGCUAAGGAUAUCUCCAACAGAAUGUUGGAAAUACCAAUUUGCUUCUAAAAAGCCGCAUAUGGCAAGGUACCAAAGGAGAGAUGAACUACAGAAAUAACUGUACCAUUUACAAGCAGAGAAUUAAAAAGAAAUACAAAAAAGCCAGGACUUGCUGGGUUGGAAAAUAACUAUUCCUCACACCCUCCAGUCUCUCCAUUCAUCAGAAUAUUCUCAAGGUGAAAAAUGGUCUCAGGUUAGAGAUCAAAUCAUGGAUGCGGCUCUAAGACCCUUUGUUAAAAUGUGUGAAAUAUUUAAGUUGGUGUUUGGGAGACUCUCUCAGCUAAACCAAAUGGUUUCUAAAAACUUCAUGACACUGUCUGUCCAGCACCCUGAUACAUUGCUGAUGUAGAGAGGGGCCUGUCUUAAAAAGAAUUGUUAAUGUGGCAUUUGGGGCAUGGAGUAAAUACAAAUGAGAUUCACAAACACCUAUAAAGUUUCUAAUAGAGUUUUACUACCUCCAAGUUGGACUUAAAGGAAUUGAAACAGUCCAAAAUGAAAAGCAGCCUUGGACUACCUUCUCUAACGUCUAUGAACAUGAAGCAAGCAGAGAAAGUUACUCAGCUGCCGUUUCUUAUGGGAAAAGACAGAUGUCUCAAAGAGAAAACCCAAGAACAAUAUAUUAAAAUGGACUGGGAAGCUGUUCCCAGAUAGAACUGUGACCCAAUCCAGAAACAUCUGCCCCUGGAGUGGGCAGGGGAAACCUGACAACAUUAGCUCUGUGGGAUUUCAGAAUUGUUAUGGAACAGUGAUUAACAUGUGCCUCUUAUUCUUCCCUUCUUUUAAAUGAGGGUAUCUACUGCAGUUCACCAAUCCUUAUGUCACCAUUGUGUGUGUGUGUGUGUGUGUGUGUUGAAUGUGUGUGUGGGGGGGUGGUGAUAGUCAUAUAACUUGUCAUUUAGCUCACAGGUCUCUGGAUCAAGAAACUGAGAAAUUACACCCAAUUUCUGCUUCAGCCACAUCUGAACCUUGAUGCAGGUUCAGACUCGAGGUCCUGGAUUUGAGCCUGAUGCCAAUUUGGGAUGAGAAGUUUGGAGGUCUUGGAAUGAGGGUGAACAUAUUUUUGCAUGGUGUGGUAAUAUAAAUAAUUAAUGACCAGAAAAUAGAUUGUGUUAGAUAGAAAAAUGUUACAAAUUUCUACCAUCCCUCUAUGUGUGUCCCUUUUCAAUCUUUAUUUUGCUUUGUGUUUCAGUUGGAAUAAUUUCUGUUAACCUAUCUUCAGGUUCAUGGAUUUUGACCCCUACCCUGUUCAAUCUGUUUAACCCCUACUUCUGUUAGGUCUACUGAUGAACCCAUUAAAGGCAUUCUUCAUCUCA